CGUCCAUCACCAUCCUCGGUUUCGUGCAAGACCAGGAAAUCGUGCAAGUGCAAACGCAUCGUUCUGGUCGUUUACUGAGUAUCUAAUUAGAAUUUGCAAGGAGAAAGUCCAAGUAUGACCUGAAAAAUACGGACGUCGAAUCUGUAUCUGGACGAUUUCAAUUCAUUACUAAUCUUACCGUGGUUGCACACACGAGCAGGCAUUUUCCUGUGAAACCCCAUCUGAAUUUACUACCACUUUUGAAAAACCACCUUACAAUCGCAACCUAAAGAGGACGUCGCGUUUUCAGUCCAUUUUUCCUUGAAUUGACGAACUUGACUGCUUGUCGAGUAAAAACACCACAACUACUAACACGGAUCAGUAUCCAAAACCAAAACAAGCACUGUACUACAUAAGAUCAUUAAAAAGAAGUGCCAACGUAUUUUCUCAACAUCAAAGCAAACCUACUAAUUUUCAAGCAUUCUUCUGCUUGUAUCGGCUUCGUGCCUGUCAUCAAAUAAACUCGAUCUAAAGACGAGGAGUAUUUGUUUGUGAGGGAGGAACCACGACCAUCAAUCUCCAGCACAGACCGACGAGAACUACCAGCCCAGGACGUCGACAAAACUAAAACAAACCGCAACAAGCGAUCAACCUAAAAACUCUCACUCUUGCUGCACCAGCUGCAAGAACAAACCAGACGUCCGCAGGCAAGAUGCAGGCGGCUUUCUAUCGUGACGAGGAGGUGGCUGAGGAGCGCGGGGCGAUUUCGUUCUCGACGACCUCCUCCAACGCGGACGAGCGGCAGUUUGAGCCGCAGGCAAUGAGCGAGGAGCUCUCUCUUCUGCGCGAGGAGUACACGCAGACGACUAGCGAGGAGGAGAACGGCGGCGCGGAACAUCGGCUGGUCAACGAAGCAGGCGACGUCCGGAUCUUCAACCUGCUGGACGACUGCGAGUCGGGUCGGUUUGCGUCCGGCCCGCGCGGCGGAGCCACGGGUGGUCCGUCCGCGCGCGAGGACGCGGCGGCGAACAAGCCCCCGCCGAAAUCGGUGUCGAAGGAGGGCGAAAACGCGGAGCAGGGCGCGCCGUCCAUGUCUACCUCGUCGCGCAAGCAAGCGGGUGACAAGAAGAAAAACAAGUCGUACGCGGGGAGCUCCCUGAAGGUGAUCAACAAGGAGGGGAAGCACCUAUCAAAUGCAUGUUACAUGUCUGGGUCUGGAAACUUGUGAUGCAAACCAAGGAAUUAUACUGGGCGCAUUGUCAUACGUGGCCAACCAUGACAAGUUUUUGAGCUGCUAUGUGUACCGUAUUCCGCAUGGCAGAGUACGCUUUCGCAUCACAGACAAAGCGAUCUUUUUGCACCUACGCAUGACAGAGUUCCGAGUCAUGUCAGAUAAGCAUGACAAAUCAGGAAGUCUUCCAGACCCGGACAUAUUUGCAGUCGAUAGCACCGGAUGGACUACAACGCCACCGGCGACGGCGGUGCGGCGUACGGCUACAACAACGGGGGCUAUGGUGCGGCCACGGGCUUUCAGUCGCAGCAAAUGCAGCCGAUGGGCUCGCAGUACGGCUACGGAUCCGCCAGCAAUCCGGGUGACCCGAAGGGCAAACUCAGUACCGGGGCCAUUGUCGGAAUCUCGGUCGGAUCCGCGGUUGGAUAUGGCGUUCUUCAAAUGUUACAUUCUCAACUGAUGUUACAUCAUUUGUCAUGCAAAAUCACUACCGAUUCUCGACGCGCUAAAUAGCACUAGAAUCCGCACCGAAUUUGAUCUGUAUUAUGCAAGACGCGCAGGAGGGCGGUUUUCAUUUCCUUCUCACCUGUGCUAUUGCAUUACAAAUCCAUAUGCCCUAUUGGUUGCGUUUUUGGUUUCGGUCGGUUUAGCAUUUACAAAUCCAUGUAACUACUACAGUUGAGAAUGUAAUGUUUGAGAGCGCCAUAUUGGACUCUUCUUGCUGAUCUGGGGUCUCUGGUUCCUGUGCAUCCGUGGCCACCCGGUUUGUGACUUCACGCAAUCCACUUUCGGUAUUUAUUGUUAUUCAUCUCACAUUUUCUUUAUCAAUCCUAUUUCUAUUUGUUUGCCUCUGCGCCACGAGCGAGAAGACAUAAACUAAAACUCCAGGCGCAGUUGUAUCUUCACUUGGGGUUUCGCAUUCGCGCGGCCGUCUGAUUGUUAUAUUAUUAAUUUCCGCGAGGAAAGAUUUCUUUGUCGCGGAUGAAGUACAUACUCAAUAGCGCGAGAGUGAUUUUUGACUGUUAUUUAAUGCUGCAUUUGAACAAUCAGGGAAGCAAUCCCGAAAAUACUAAAACUAAACAGCGGGCGCGGCCGCGGAGGCGGGUUCGAAUUUCGCUGGAUUCGGGGCGUUGUCGAAAAUUGCCGACAACCAAAUUCAAGCUGCUGAUACGUUGCUGGGAUCGGGCCACCCGUCGAAAGUAAAAGGAGUGAAAGACCGUGCCGCGUGCGACCAGGCAUGCCAGGACCACCCGCACUGCCUGUUUUCGACCUUCUACGGCAAUUCCCAGAUGGAAACGAAUUGCUUCUUGUUUUCGGAAUGCAUUGUCAUCCGGUGUGAAGACAUUCCGGCGAACGACUUCUCGCAGUACAAGGACACCAUGCAGGCAGGCGUGGACCUUAUCCAGUCCGGGGCGACGAAAGAACUUCACAGCGACCUUAUUCCGUGCAAAAACGACGUCCCCACGACCCCAGAGUACUUAUGUCAAGAUGGGAAUCAUUUUGCAACACAGAAGCCGAAGUUUUGGCUCCUGUUGAUGCGCAUGACAAGUUCUUUGGAUAACGAGUAG